AUGUCGAACAAAUUGGACGCGAUGAAGCCGCAGAGGAAGAUUGAGCUCUUUUCAGGCUCAUACUUUGCGGCGUGUACAAUGGGUGGUAUUAUCGCGUGCGGGCCUACACAUACUAUGGUUACCCCGCUGGAUCUGGUAAAAUGCCGCCGUCAAGUCGACUCCAACCUCUACAAAUCCAACUCGCAAGCGUGGAAAAUGAUCUAUUCCAAAGAGGGUCUGCGCGGUGUAUUCUUUGGUUGGACACCCACUUUCAUCGGCUACUCCAUGCAAGGGGCUGGCAAAUACGGUUUCUACGAAGUCUUCAAGUACCUGUAUGGUGAGAAGCUUGCUCCCGGCGCCCCGCAAACGGUUGUAUAUCUCGCUGCCUCCGCUUCCGCCGAAUUCCUCGCCGAUAUUGCCCUGUGUCCUAUGGAGGCAAUCAAGGUCCGGAUGCAAACGACCAUGCCACCGUUCGCAAACACACUAAGGGAGGGCUGGUCGAAGGUGAUCAAGGAAGAGGGCGUUGGCGGUCUUUACAAGGGCCUGUAUCCUCUGUGGGCGCGUCAAAUCCCAUACACCAUGGUCAAGUUCGCCACGUUUGAAGAGACUGUCAAGCAAAUUUACGGCUUCUUGGGUAAGCCAAAAGAGUCGUACGGAAGUCUACAGCAAACUGGUGUGAGCUUCCUCGGUGGAUACAUCGCUGGUAUUGGAUGCGCGGUCGUCUCGCACCCCGCAGAUGUCAUGGUCUCGAAGCUCAACAGCGACCGGAAGGCUGGCGAGGGCGCUGGCCAAGCUAUUGGCAGGAUAUACGGCAAGAUCGGUUUCAGUGGUCUUUGGAACGGACUGCCUGUCCGUAUCUUCAUGAUUGGUACUUUGACUGCGUUCCAAUGGCUUAUCUACGACUCCUUCAAGGUCUACCUUGGUCUACCUACUACCGGUGGCCACUAA